AUGACUACUCAACUUCAUCUGUUCGUCAAGAAUUUGCCAUCGAGUGAAGAGGAUCCUGCAGAAAUUUUCAUCAAAUCUCAAAAUACAACUUCGAGCGAAUUCGAAAAAGUUUUUUCCGACAUCACAGGAGAAGUGGACAAGGAAAUUGUUUUGGAUCUUCCUCAACCUACUAUUGCUCGAGCACACAAAAUUGAAAUUAAGGUCGUUUUGCCAGAAGUUGGAUUUGAACAAGUGCUGCCAGCAUUCAAUUUGACCGAUGACGGAUGUUAUAUUUUAAUUGACGGUACACAAGGACUGAGAUAUAAGCAAAAACAUAAUGCAAAAUUCGAUUAA